AUGCAAGCGCCAGCGUCACAGCCUCUGGACAAUGAUAACAGCACCUUGAAGCUGCAUCGACCGCGUCGUGCACCGCCGUCUCAAGACCGGCCGUUCACGUGCCCGGUGCCAACCUGUAACGGUCGGUUCCACCGCAAGUUUACACUGCGGGAGCACCUCAAGACGCACACGGGGGAACAACCGCAUCAGUGUCCAGUCGAGCGCUGUGGCAAGCGCUUUAGCACGUCAGGGAACUUGGCGCGGCACCGGAAGCUCCACGCCGUGCACAAACUCAAUUGCCCGACGCCCCAGUGCUCGCGCGAGUUCACCGACCCGGAAAAGCUCACGCGGCACCUCAAGAUCCACCAGGCAGGGACGUCCCACACGUGCACGAUCGACGGCUGCAACAAGACGUUCAGCACCUCGGGCAAUCUGACGCGCCACUGUCGGACGCGACAUCAUUGCGUACCGAGGGGUUCCGUUCAAGGUGAUGGGGAUGCUGCUGCUGAUGAUGACGGCGUCCCACCUUUGCCCAUUACGAGAGACUUCACGUGGGCCGGGAGCCAAGAAAAGGAGCGGCUGCUGCUUCCAGUGAACAACCACUUGAACCGAAUGAUGCGCGGCCCUGUUGUGCCUGGGGCGAUGCUCGUCAAGGCGCCCAUGUGGUACACGACGCCGGUCCACGACACGACAAUGUCGGUCGGCCACCAGGACAGUCGACUGUCCGACCAGGACGUGCGGGACCUCCUCGACUGUUUAUUUGUCAAGACACUCGACCCUGUAGUCGUGGCGGCGGCACCGGUAACAAGCAUGGACGGCAUCAUCCGUAGCGAACCUUUUCUCCGGGGCGCGUACCACCACCCGUAA